AUGGGCAGCAACUCAACGUCUCCACUUGAUAUACUUGUUUGGAUCUUUAUAGGAAUUGUAUACACAGUUUCCCUUUUAGGAAAUGGAUUUAUCACAAUUGUGCAGGGGCACCAGUGGCUUCGACACAAAAAGAUGUUGCCUUGUGACGUCCUCUUGACUAGUUUGAGCACAUCCAGAUUUGUUAUGCAGCUGUCGUCUUCAGUGAACAUUCUUCUCUAUCUCAUCUCCCCAGAGACACAUGCAGGUUCUUCCAGACAGCAAGUUUUAAAUGUUAUCUGGAUGUUUUCCAACCUGGCUAGCCUGUGGUGUGCCACAUGGCUAAGUGUUUUUUAUUGCAUCAAGGUAACUAACUUUGCCAACCAUGUCUUCCUCUGGCUGAAGCCAAGAAUCAACAUGCUUGCACCCAGACUGCUUGGAAUGUCAGUAGUUAUUUCCAGUAUCCUCUCUCUUCCUUCAGUGGUGGAAUAUCUUGGAUACCAAAAGCAGGGCAAUCUAACAGAACCUCUGCCUGGAAGAGCAAACCAAAGUGAGAUAUAUAAUAGCAGAUUCGUUAAUUAUCUUCCUUUGUAUGUCAUGUUCUCUUCCAUAAAUUUCAGCAUAAGUAUACCUGCAUGCACUCUUUUGCUCACCUCACUCUGGAAGCACACAAAGAAUCUGAGGAAGAGUGGUGUUGGGGGUAAAGAUGCGAGGACUCAUGUCCAUAUCAAUGUCAUAAUACCAAUGUUGUUUUAUGUCUUCUUCUAUCUUGUAUAUUUGGUUAGUAUAACAAUUAUUGCAAGUGAUGUUGUCAAGUUUGAAGGUACUGAAAGACUAGUUGUGGACAUCUUGGCAACUACAUUUCCUUGUGCACACUCCAUCAUAUUAAUAUUGACCAAUCCCAAACUGAAAGAAAUGGCUGCUCACGUUCUGAAUAUCAGACAAAGAGCUUCAUAA